AUGCCCGGCAAGCGCGCCCCGACGCAGCCGAAGCGCCGCUCGACCACCUCGACGACGAAGCUCAAACCCUCGCUUCUCUCGAUGAAGCCGCCGGCCGGUGGGAAGGGCAAGCGUGGAGCGCAGAAGGCAAAGGACGCAGAUGCGCGGGAGAAGCUGGACGCUGGUCGGAACGAGUUGAGGGAGGCUUUGCAGGCGUCGAACAAGCCCCUUGUCGAGAGGAAGGAGAAGCCUGUCGAGCUCGCGAAGGGCGGAGACUCGCUCGCCAAGUCGAUGGACGAGGUCCUCGAUCUCUUCGGCGCGGCAUGA